GCAUCUGGGGAGAGAGAGAAGACGCGGUAGGACACACACUGACCUCUGGAGAAGACUGUCCCCCAAUAAGUCCAGGUCUCAGCCCUCUCACUUCAGAUACCCUUCGCCAAGAAAUGAAGGUAUUUCCCAGAGCAGAAUAGAAAGCAGAGGCAGGCAACGUGGGCCUGCCCAUGACCCCCUCCUGGGCCAGAGUCCAGUCUCAGCCACCCUCUCCCCUGUGCAGAGCUGCAUAGCCCCCCCUGGGCCCUGGAGAGGGAUAAGGCUGGAGAAUGAGCCUCUCACUCGCCCUGGGAAACAAACCCUCAAGAACCCAGCCUCCAAUGCAAUCCUUAACUUUGGGGACUCCAGGCCAGUGACUGUCUCCCACUCGGGCCCAGGGCGCCUGCACUAAGUUCCUCUCCCAUAAUUAGUGCUCCUAAAAGCCUGUGUUUGGGAUGGGGGUGCAGUGAAACAGGGAGCGGCCAGUUUCCCCCUUUAUUUCGCUUCUGUGUUUUUUGAUUUCUGGUUUUGCAUCUACUGAUUCCAGCCCUGAAAGCGAAAAUCCGUUCGUUUCUUGCCGCCAAACCCCCUCGGACUGCCUGACUCCAGAGGCGGAAGGGGCAGGGAGACCUGCGGGCCUGAUGGGGGGGGGGGUGUUCUCUGAUUUCUCUAAUUUCUCUAGGCUUGUUUUAUAGAAACAAAGAACAAGUUCUCCCCCCCCUCCUUCCCAGGACUUGUGCAUAUUUACAGAGCUCAACUGCAGUUUUAAUAAAACAUCUGUUCUUGCUUCUGCUGAUGAGUUUCCAUAAUUGUUUUCAGACAAAUUUAACAGGAAAAUAUAAAUAUAUUUAGAAAAACCCACGUCCCAGCUUUCCCCCCACAGACAGUCGUUCUUUUGCCAAAAACAUAAAAUGAACCCGAAAUGAAAAAAGGAAAAUAUCCAAUAGAGGGAAGAUCCUGUUCCUCUGACCUGCUCUCCCCCCUUGGAGCGAAUCCCUCCAACACAUUUCAGCUGCAUAAUUAAAGAUCUAACUGAAAGAGGAGGCUUCUUUCCUCAGGAAAAGGUGAUGGGGAGAAAGUGUCUUGGAAAUUAAUUUUGCCAAAAGUCUUUAAGCAGUGGGGGAAUUUAUUUGUAUUUCUGCUUCCCCUUCUCUCCCCCUUCCAGCAUUUCUGUCUCCCCCCCACCCCCAGCAGCUGGUUCCUGUUCAUUAUAAAUCGGCAAGACCUUUCAGUCUCUGCCCUCUGUUUAGGGACGUAAUAAAACACUUAACUUUCCGGGGCUGAGACUUCCAUUCUGCUCCUCAGGUCGCCCACCCCUGCGCCCACCACCUUCAGGCCCCAAAGGAGUCUCUCGCCUCCUUUGGGGCCCCUUUCCCCUCCAGACGUGGUUUAGGAGUGGCUCAAGGAAACCCAGGCAUCCCUUCCUGGGCUAGCGAUAGCCCAGGCCUCCCCAGAAGCCCCUUCUUUCUUCUAAGGUCUUUCCUUCCCCCACCCACCCAUAAAAGAGAUUUUAAAAUACAUAGAAAAUCAACACUCAUUGAAAGCGAAACCUCAUUAAGACAUCCUAUCUUCCAUCAUUCAAUUUGUUGUACAUUGCAACAAUUUAAUAUCUUGAAGGAAAUAUCACUGACAUGAUUUAUCCCUCUAGCAAUCUCUUUCUGAAAUGGGGGAGGGGGGCAUGUACCCUCCUCCCUUCUGGCCUGUUCUGCCUGUUCCACUGCUAGCCUUGGGGCCCCGAAGUGAGCCUGGGAAGUCUGAGUGGCUACUCUUGUCCAGGGGUGCACUGACCAGUUUCUUAGCUCAGCCCCUCCUCGGUUUUCCACCCCUCCUCCCCGGUUCUCUCUCCCUCUCCCUCUUGCCCUCCAGGGGGCCUGAAGCCCCAGCCAGCUGUUGGAAACCUCUGCCCAGACACGCCACAAAUUCGAGGACAGCUGGAUUGUAGAGCGAACAGCAGCUCACGCUGUUGUCUGUUUGUGUACCUGCCAUGGCACCCCCAAAGGAGACAAGCCAUCUCGAAAUUUCUUUCUUCAUUUAAGAGCCCCCCUCUCCACUUUCACCUUCAUCUCCUUGGGGAGAGGAAAGUAUGGUCCAAGAGGGGGGAACCUUUACAAUUCUAGGGGGCUUUCCCCCUGCUCUUCUAAAUACCAAGAAAUUCCCCUUCUUUCUGAAGGACUGGGGCUCUGUGUUAAAAAGCCAACACAAACUGUCUCUCGCAGGAAGGCUGUCCCAUCCUGCGAGGAGGACCAUGUAUUAACUAACAUGUCGUCUCCAUCAGCUCCUACACACUGUCUGCUUUGGGGUUCGAAACUUUAUUUUUCCCCCCUAGCGACACUCCAGGGAAACCUUAACGUUACAGAAGAUGGAUAAACGAGUUUUUUUCCCAGCAUAGUCCGUUUAUGGCUUUAUUGCUACCCAUUGAUUACUCCGCUUUGUUACACAGAAGGAAAAGAUCAUAAAAUCCGGCGACAUCCGGGUUCUUGUUAUAGCCAUCCCCCCCCAAAAAAAAAAUGGUGAGGGGAAAAUAUGAGCUUCAACUGCUCCCCUUCCCUUGCCCCCCCACCACCCCCCUCUUUGUCAAUUCAAAGCGUAUUUGGCCUCUUACGAUAUCAAAUUAAGUAGUUUGGAUUAAUCAGGAGGAAAGAAACCCAUCUGCACACCUUCCGCCGUUUCCCUUCGCCCACUGCGGCUCCCUCAGAAGCCUCGGACUCAGCUGCCUUUUCCUCACCUUCUCUUCCUUUUUCUCUGUCCCAAGGUGGGAAGAAACCGGGAGUAGGGGGUUGCUGAGAGGCCCGGCCCCACCAGGUGUGGCUGAGCCUUGGGUGAGAGGCCCCAGGAAGGCAUGGCUGGAAUCUCCAAGCCACAGGGCUCAGGACCAGGGGCAUCUCCCUAGGCAGAGCAGAAAGUCCGAGGGGGCAGGGGCUUCUGACCUGGGCAGGGGCCUGAGCCUGCAAGAGGCUCACUGUCCAUCAGAGCUCCACCAGCCUUCUCUUUCUGGCUGGAUCCUAUGCGAAUUACCCCAGCGGCCCUGGCUGGCUCCAAAUCAUAAAUUCUCACCAACAUAAACAGGAGUUGAUGUGUCUAGAAAGACUCUCAGAGUUCUUUCUUCUUCCUUUCUUCCAUUCUCGCUCUCUCCCACUUUAUACUUCCUUCUCUUCUUUGCCUAUUGUAUUUAAAUAAUUUUUCCCUUUUAGGCAAAAAUGCUGCAAGGGUUUCCCUGAAAAGGGGGUCCUGAGGAGGAGGUAGGGGGGGGACCUAGGAGGCAAAUGCAUGGCUCUUUUGCACACCUCAGCUCUGCCACUGCCCCCUGAAGUCUCACCCUUCCCUCUUUAGACUUAGAGGCACCCCCACGUGCCCCCCUCCAUCCCAGACUCUCAGAUACACUCACUUUCCUUCCUUGGAGCACCAUGUUUUAUGCAAUUUCUUUCCACUUUGGGUUCAAAAAAACCAAACUACUGGGGGAAAGAAAAAACCACACUGGUUUAGUGAUAAGGACUCCCUCCAUGGAGUGUCAGACCAGGAUUUCCUGGAGGAUUUCUGGGGAUCCCCCUGAGCUGGGAGAGAGCUCCUCCCAUGGAGAACUCAGAAUGUAAUUUUAGAAGGGGGCAGAUAUAAAAGAUGAAAUCAGAUUGGAAAUACAGGGACUUCUCCAGCCCUGGUUCUGGCCACAGCACAGCAAAGUUAGCAGGGGGCUGAGGGAUUUCCUGGGAGUGCAGUUUGCCUUUUCCGGGCCCCAAGGCCCUGCUCACGGACGUUCACCCUUCCUUCACCUUCAAAUCAGUUCCCUUACAUAUAUAUUUUUAAAAGAAAUCCAAGUCUUACUUUCAAAGCACACACUUAGUCUCAACUAGGGAAUCAACAGAAGCAGAAGCGAUUUUUUUCCCCCUUCUUGACAUCUGGCUUGCGAUUGGCUGGAAGAGGGUCAGCUGACUUUGUCAUUUUGUCUGUCCUGGAUUGGAGCCGUCCCUAUAACCAUCUAGUUCCGAGUACAAACUGGAGACAGAAAUAAAUAUUAAAGAAAUCAUAGCCCGACCAGGUAAAGGCAAAGGGAUGAAUUCCUACUUCACCAACCCUUCCUUAUCCUGCCACCUCGCCGGGGGCCAGGACGUCCUCCCCAACGUCGCCCUCAAUUCCACCGCCUAUGAUCCAGUGAGGCAUUUCUCGACCUAUGGAGCAGCCGUUGCCCAGAACCGGAUCUACUCGACUCCCUUUUAUUCGCCACAGGAGAAUGUCGUGUUCAGUUCCAGCCGGGGGCCGUAUGACUAUGGAUCUAAUUCCUUUUACCAGGAGAAAGACAUGCUCUCUAACUGCAGACAAAACACCUUAGGACAUAACACACAGACCUCAAUCGCUCAGGAUUUUAGUUCUGAGCAGGGCAGGACUGCGCCCCAGGACCAGAAAGCCAGUAUCCAGAUUUACCCCUGGAUGCAGCGAAUGAAUUCGCACAGUGGGGUCGGCUAUGGAGCGGACCGGAGGCGCGGCCGCCAGAUCUACUCGCGGUACCAGACCCUGGAACUGGAGAAAGAAUUUCACUUCAACCGCUACCUAACGCGGCGCCGGCGCAUCGAGAUCGCCAACGCGCUGUGCCUGACCGAGCGACAGAUCAAAAUCUGGUUCCAGAACCGCCGGAUGAAGUGGAAAAAAGAGUCUAAUCUCACGUCCACGCUCUCAGGGGGCGGCGGAGGGGCCGCGGCCGACAGCCUGGGCGGAAAAGAGGAAAAGCGGGAAGAGACAGAAGAGGAGAAGCAGAAAGAGUGACCAGGACUGUCCCUGCCACCCCUCUCUCUCCUGCUCCCUCGCUCCCCCCAGCUCCCUCCUAAUCACACACUCUGUAUUUAUCACUGGCACAAAUGAUGUGUUUGGACUCCCUGAGACAAAAUUAGGGAGUCAAAUAUGGACCUAAAAAGUCAACUCUGGACCCCCCCCCCACCGUACAAACUCUCUUUCACCAGGCGCCUCCUCCUCUUCGCUCCCGUGCUAGCUCGUUCUCGGCUUGUCUGCAGGCCCCUUCCCCCGCCCAGGCCUUGGGGCUCGUCCCUGAACCUCGCUUCAGACACCACAGAUCUCCCUCCAAACGAGGACUUGGCCUCCCACCCCCUCGGCGCCCCCCACCCCCACCCCUGCCCAGAAAGCCGGCUCCCGGGGCCCGGGGGGCUCUGCUCCGGGGCCUCAGGGCCCGGCCUGGCAGCCGGGGAGGGCGGGAGGCCCAAGGAGGGCGCGUCGUGGCCCCACAGCAACCCCCAGGGCCUCCCCGCAGCCCCCGCCUGGCCCCUCUGCCCCAGCAAAUGCCCAGCACGGGCGAAUUGUAUUUAAAGAAUCCUGGGGGUCAUAUGGCAUAUUACAAACUGUGACCGUCUCUGUGUGAAUAUUUUUAGCUGUAUUUGUGGUCUCUGUAUUUAUAUUUAUGUUUAGCAUCGUCCGUGUUCCAAUCCCAUCUUUAAAAGGAAAAAAAAAAAAAAGAGGGAAAACUGCAAAACGACAGAAAAAAAGUGAAUGACGUCUGUUUAGCCAGUAGGAGAAAAAAAAUAAUUAAAAAAAAAAAGCCCCUCGUGUUACCCUCCUGUAUAAAUCCGACCUCUGGAUCCGUUCUCGAAUAUUUAAUAAAACUGAUAUUAUUUUUAAAAGUUUA